CGCACCAGCAGAUGGCAAUCCAGUCAUUUGAGCGCUUUCCCGCGCAGCUGAGCUUCUCUCCUUCAUUCACACCACCGAGAAUAACGCACUUUAUACUAUUCAGUCGACUUUUCCUGAUCAUCAUGGAUUCCUGUUCGUUACUCUAACGCUUCAUGGUCCUGCAAAUGGAUGACGGAAACAUUGGCAUCAAAUCGGAUCCACUCAAAGACAGAUUCCAUCUCGUGCGCGCGAGUUCCAUUGGCACGUUAAUUAGUUCCCUGGAUAGCGCGUGUGCGCGCACGGCGUGCUUGGAUCUCCAGAUGGGAGCGCGCAUUUAAGCUCGUAAAGACAGACAAUGAGAUGGACAGGGAGCCAGUAGGAGACAGACAGACAGGCAGUGGGAGAGAAAGACAAGAAGCUCCAGGACAGCAUGCACUUACGGCUCAGGUGGUGAUGACUUCCUGCACACACACACAACUGUACGGACCUGAUCUCCUGCAGGAUAUCCAAUCUCCCAUGAGCCUCUGAUUCCAUAAAGGUACCAGGAGAAAAGAUAGGUAGAGAAGAAUAUGCCUGGACUGCAUAAUGGAUUCCAACAGCACAGAGCCUGGUCAAUACUUGCACAUUGGCAGUCUGGGGCCACCAGUUUACUCACAAUCCUCUCCAUGGCCACUACUUCAGAGCAUGGCUGACACCAACACCUCGUUGCUGCAGAGCUUUCUGAACGUCAGCAGUGUUCAUGUGGUCAACAGUAGUGAAGGAGGACUGGAGAGCAAGUACGACCCUUUAGGUGGCCAUUCGUUGUGGCAGGUCAUUCUCAUUGUCCUGUUCACAGGAUUGCUGUCCCUUAUCACCAUCAUCGGCAACAUCCUAGUCAUCGUCUCAUUCAAAGUCAACCGGCAGCUCAAGUCUGUCAACAAUUACUUCCUGCUCAGUCUGGCCUUUGCUGACCUCAUCAUAGGGGUCAUUUCUAUGAACCUUUACACAGCAUAUAUUGUGAUGGGGCAGUGGGCCAUGGGAAACUGGGCGUGCGAUUUCUGGUUGGCAAUCGACUAUGUAGCCAGCAAUGCUUCGGUCAUGAAUCUGCUGGUGAUCAGCUUUGACCGGUACUUCUCUAUUACACGCCCACUGUCAUAUCGCGCCAAACGUACUACCAAGCGGGCAGUUAUGAUGAUUGGACUAGCGUGGCUAGUAUCUUUGAUCCUCUGGGCACCGGCCAUCUUGUUUUGGCAGUACUUCGUGGGUGAGAGGACAGUUCCACCUGACAAGUGUUACAUCCAGUUUCUCUCUGAGCCAAUUAUUACGUUUUGUACAGCUAUGGCAGCUUUUUAUUUUCCUGUCACCAUUAUGAGUGUCCUAUAUUGGAGGAUUUAUAAAGAGACUGAAAACCGCUCCCGAGAACUUGCAGGACUUCAAGGCUCGGGAGGACGUCUAGGGGCAGCAGACCGGCCUCAUUUCCGUAUCUCUGCCUCACGGGCGAGCUCUAAAAGCUGCCACAGCUCCGAGCUGAACCAGUCCGCACAUAGACAAAGGUCCUUGCUAGGACUUCCAGGUCACUGUUGGAAGUGGAGGUCUGCUGGUACAGCUGGGACAAAAGGUAAAAAUGAGGUGGACCAGAGUAGCUGUGACAGCUGGAACAACAACGACACUGCUGAUCAUUCUGGCUCAUCUGAUGAUGAGGAGAGUGCACCACCUACAACACGUGCUAUCUUCUCUAUCGUUCUGAGUCUACCAGGCAUGCGGGCAGCUGUGAACUCCCAAAUCAAGUCUUCUGAGGAAUUGGGCACUUCCGAGGAAGACCCACUACAAGGAACAGCAGAAAGCAGCACUAAGAAUGACAUGAGUCUUUCAUGUUCUGUCAGAAACGGCAAAAGGCGCUUUGCGGAUAACAUUGGCAACGUGCAGUCCGUGUCUGCCGUUCAGGUGACAGGCACAAGCAUCGAUCAAACCCAUACUAGCGCCAACAAAUCUGCCUCCACUCCUAUAUCUUUUAAAGAGGCAGCACUGGCUAAGCGUUUUGUCUCACGCGCAAGGACGCAGAUCACUAAACGUAAACGCAUGUCACUAGUGAAAGAAAAGAAAGCUGCACAGACUCUCAGUGCUAUUCUUUUCGCUUUCAUCAUAACUUGGACACCUUACAACAUUAUGGUGCUCGUCAACACGUUCUGUAACGGUUGCAUCCCGGAAUCCCUGUGGGCACUUGGCUACUGGCUGUGCUAUGUUAACAGCACGGUUAACCCAAUGUGCUAUGCUCUGUGCAACAAGACGUUCCGCACCACAUUCAAAAUGAUCCUGCUAUGUCGAUGGAACGAGAAGAAAAGCAAGCAAAGCUUUCAGCAAAAAGAGUCUGUCCGUUUACACAGAAGUAUCCCCGGGGACUCCACGUAGCAUAACCAGCCUGAAAACUAUGCUAACAUGGAGGAAAUACUACAAAUGAAGUCACACUGAGUCUGUCGACUCAGAUUUUAAACCAAAACUUUGGGUUUGGCUUCGAAUCUUGAUUUUACUAUGAGAUCUUUGCUUUUCUGUGAGAACGUUUUAGAAAGAAGAAAUAAACCUGGAGUCAAACGCUAACAAUGACCAUGAACUCAGUAUCUAUCGGUCAAUAAAGUAACUAUUUGUUUUUGGAUCCAUUUCAGUGAACUGCAUGAGUAUUUCAGGGAUGGAAUUUGACUGUUUCUGUAUUCAUUCAUAAAAAAUAAAGAACAAUUUUAUGUGUAA